AUGUGCGAUAUUACGACAAAUUUACAAAAUAAGCUUAAAGAUAAAAUUCAAGCAAACCCAAAAGAACCAAAAAAUUAUUUUUCAUUAGCACUCAAUAUUGGGUUAUUUGAAAAUACCAAACUACACGACGAAAGAGAAUAUGACAAAAUCGAACUUUUCAAGCAUUGCUUAGACCUAGAUCCCAACAACUCUGAAUAUUAUUUCGAGAUUGGUCAAUACUUGAAAUACUCUGAAACCAACGAAACCACCCUCAACAACUUUAAAAAAAUAAAAGAAAUUGACUGUUAUCUAUACUCUAUUUAUUUAAUUAAACAAGAAAAUAACAAAAACAAUAAUAAUGACAAUAAUAAAAAAUUUAAAAAACAAACCAAUAGAUAUUACAUUGCAUUAGCUGAUGCUUUAUUGACCAAUAACAAUAACGAAAAAUACAAAUCAAUCAUAAAUUCAAAUAACAUUAUUACAAAUAAAGAGUUAAAAUUAGAAGUUGUUCCAAACAAUAAAAAACAAGAACCAUUUAUUGAAACAUUCGAUAAAACUGAAAUUCUUUUAGAGGCCAUAGAGUAUUGUCCAGAGAGGUCAAAUGCAUACAUCAAAUAUAUGUCAAAUUUUUUAGAAGCCAAAAAAUCAGUUAAACUUUUAAAUGGAAAAACCAUAAAGAUUAAAGACAACAUUAAUAAUACAUCCUACCUAAACAUUUUAAUGAAUGUUUUGUUUAUAAUAGGUAUUAUAUUUAAUGUUUAUUAUUUAUUUUUUAAAUAA